AUGGCUGCACAUUGCAUAAAGAAACUUGCUCUCCAAACUACAACAGGUUAUGCAAGUUGGUAUGUUUGUAAUGAAAGUUCAAGGUAUUUUAACACAUUGUUGAUACAAACUAUGGCAAAAGAAAUGACAUCUCAAUCCAGACGCAAUACACCUUACUGGAAACUAGGCCACCAAAUUAAACCUGUAAAAGCUUUUAUAACAGUUAAUGAAGGUGAAGGAGAGCCUGAGAAAGCACAACGCAGGGAAAAAAAGGAUCCAAAAGCACGAAAAACAAUAGGGAGCAUUGGAAGAAAGAUUCACCACCGCAUCAUUCACGUGAUAGAUGAAAAUGGAGAGAACCUGGGAAAUUUGCACAGAGCUGAUGUUAUUCAAAUAAUGGAUGAGCGUGGAGUCAAGGCUGUACCUCUCAGGGAAAAUGCAGACCCUCCAGUGUACAAACUAAUGACAGGAAAACAGAUUCACGAUGAACAAAUGAAACUCAGGGAAAAACGAAAGAAUGAGCCUAACACUGGACCUUGUCAAAUCAAGGAACAGACGUUCUCAGCAGACAUUGCAAAGCACGACCUGCAAACAAAAAUAAAGCAGAUCCAGCAAUGGAUUGACAAGAAGCACCAUGUUCGGAUUACUGUUAGAAAAGGAGCUGCAAUGGACAAAGCAGAUAAGAUGGUCAGACCUUACAAAGACUAA